AUGAAGAUCAAUGUCCAUCUAAAGGAAAAAACUUUUUCAGUGAGUUGUGGAUCGGGAGAGCAACGAGUGAUAUGGCUUGCUCAUGUAGCUCUUGCUCGAUAUGACAAUAAUUUUGGAUUGGAACUGGGAGUUCCGAAAGGUUUAAAAACUGAUGAUGGAGAAGCUCUAGAUCCCGAAGGAAUAAUUCAUGAAGUGUUGGAAGAUGGACAACAUGUUUGGGUGGUACUUAAGGGAUUUGAGGUGAACCCUAUCAAGGUAUCAAAUAAUUAA